AAAUCCAGAGUUUCAUAGAAAAACGAAAAGUCAAUUGAAGGGUAUGGUUCUCUUGUGGGGGUUUUUAACCAAUAAAAAUUCAUGCUUCAGAUACCUACCUACCUCAACAACAGAUGUACAACGACUCCUGAAAACAUCUUUUUAAUUAAGUUGAAAUAACUUGGUAACUACGAACCCAUUCUCUUUCGUAAUAGACACAAAGAGGGAGCCAAUUUUGCUUAGCUUUCUUUUGCUAAAUUUUGAAGGGGAUCCCUUUGUUGGUCAUGCAAAAAUCGUUCCCAUUUGCGGAAAAAUUCCAUCUUUCUAUCCCUUCUUUCUUUAUAUCUGAUCUGAAGGAAGAAGCGCGAACUCAGAAAGGAAACGAGCUUCCAUUGCUCAGUCUUGUUCUUCGUAGGCUCUUUUAGGGCUGCAGCAGAGCAGAGGACAUCAUCCUUCAGAACACAUCUUCCCGCGCAAUGGAUAAAAAGGCUACUAGAAAUGGCAUUGAGUUGGUGAGAUCAGCUUCUGAUAAGCAUAUUGAUCUUUUGAGGUCAUCUGCUCGAUAUUUUUCGGCAGUUAAAGGGCACUUAUCAGAUGCCGUCGGCCGGGGCAAGUAUACCCUCAUCAGAGAUCCAGAAGAUAACCAACUAGGGAUUUAUGACAAGCCCCUUCCAUGCUUUGGCUGCGGAAUAGGAUGGUUUUCAUUUCUGUUAGGUUUUCUGUUCCCACUUCUUUGGUACUAUGCGACAUUUCUCUAUUUUGGAAAUUACUACCGCAGGGAUCCUAGGGAGCGGGCAGGUCUGGCAGCCUCAGCAAUUGCGGCACUGGCUUGUACUGUAGUGUUGUUGGUCCUAGCUGCUAUUCGUUUCUUUCAGCCACUCUCACUCUGAUCCCAGGAUGCUUCUAAAUUACUAUGUUGAGCAAUGAGCAUCAGAAAAUUGAAGUAAAAUUGCGAGGACAUGUAGAUAACACGGCAGAAGAGCAGAAAAUAUAUAGUUCCAAGACUAUUUUCCAUAAAUUGGAGAUUAGAUGAUAAAAUUAAAAAAUCCCCUGUUACAAAUACCCUGCAUCUGUAUGGAAACAGAUAUGGAGAAAAUUUAUAUCAUUGUUCAUUUGAAGCUCGGCUGAUGUGCAAGGAACCCAAAGGGUCAUAGAGGGAUACCUUUACGCGAAAACCUUAUCCAUGGCCCAACCAUGCAGCAGUCAUACGCACUCCUUUAAUAAAGCAAUCCAACGAUCCAGAACCAUAUGUCAUAACCAGGCUCAUUCCUAUAGAAAAGCAAGUUGAUUAUACUGAGACCAGGGGAUCAGUAAGGUUUAGAAAAGAUAUUUGCCAGUUUGGUACCUAUUAUAGAUUGGAUGCUCUGUUUGGAUAGUUUAUGAAUUAGCCUUUUGUUGCUAUAUUGGAAGGA